AUUUCCUUGACACCAAGUCUGUAAACAUUAUGGACGACAAUCGCCAGGAGAAAUUAAAAUUUAUUUGAAAAUACCUGUUUAAAUUUAAUACUGUUAAAUGUCAAUGUACCGUGUGAAUUUUAAGAUGGAUUAAUUAGAUAUCCAAUACAGUGGUUAGUAAUUUUUCACCCCCUUUUUCUUCUGUUUAUAAUGUGGUUAGCAUUGCAAAGCAAUCGAAUGUAACAUGACAUAAUAAUUAUGCAGAGAUCGGACACAUGACAUGCCAUUCGACUCUUUUAAUUCAUUGGUUUAGGAAGUGGGAUAUUGAAUACAGUGGUCAAUAAUUUUUCAGCCCCUUUUUCUACUGUUUAUAUUGUGGUUAGCAAUGGAAAGCAAUCGAAUGUAACAGUAACAUGACAUUACGUUACAUAAUAAUUAUGCAGAGAUUGGACGCAUGACAUUCGACUCUGACUCUUUGUAUUCAUUGGUUUAAGAAGUGGGAUAUUGAAUACAGUGGUUAUUAAUUGUUCAACCCCUUUUUAUUCUGUUUACAAUGUGGUUAACAAUGCAAAGCAAUUGAAUGUAACGUGACAUAAUAAUUAUGCAGAGAUCGGACACAUGACAUUCAACUCUUUGUGUUCAGUGGUGUAGAAACUGGGAUGCGGCAUGGCUGGUCAGCCCCGAGUGAAACUUUUUCUUCAUAUUGAGGGGCAGCAUUUUCUUCUUUACAUUGAGGGGCGGCAUUUUGCCAGCGGCAGAAUUUGUUUGUUUUGGUGUAAAAAUGGGGGGGAGGGGGGGCGGCAAAAAGCUCUGCUUGCCCUGAUGACCCUGGAUACACCACUGGUUGUAAUAAGUUAAAGUAAGCCUAUAAGACCAGGCCCUCUUUAAAAUUUACUUUACAAUUACAAAUAAGAUUUUACCACAUAAUUUUAAAAUUUACUUUAAUUAUAAUUUUCCAUAAAACUGACUGAAAUUCUUAUUCUUACUCAUCCACUGUUACUCAGUACUCUAUUUUCUUUUAUGGUCAUGACUAACUAGAAUUUCUAUUAGAAGUAGAAUGGUACCUUCUGGAAAAUACCCAGCUAGUCUGACAUGUGAGAGAUAUUUCACAACAUUUAACUCUUUUGCUGCGGUGCAAUGCACAGUAAGUUCAUCUGCCAUGCUAAAAAGCACAAACCAUCACACUGUGCUUUGUUUCAAUAUCAUGGUUGUUUAUCUGUUAUUUCUCUGUUGAACUUUUUAAGAGCUAUUUUUUAAUUAGACUUUUACAUAGAAGAAUUGUACUUCAUUGUUUAUGAACGACAGCAAGGUUUAUUUGUUUUCAUUUGAAGCAUUAUUUUAUUGAUAUUCUUCAUUGGUUUUUUUUUCGUUUAUCAAUACUGUUGUUACGGCUACCCUGGGCCCUAGUGGGGUGAAUAAGUUUCCUACAUGAUUAACAGCUCAAAAGGCUUUGGAAAUGUUGUAUACUAUUUCUAUUAAUUGUGAAAUUGCUUUAGAUUUAGAUCCAUCGCAUGAUUCUGAUAGUAGUAGACUACUAUGUAGUUUUAGAUGAUUUGAGUUAUAACAGUGAAGAUAAUGUAUGCUUACAUCAAAGUGUUUGGAGGAAAAUUGGUUUUGCAUAUCAAGUUUUCACAUUUUAAGUUUCUUUUCUGUUACUUAUUUUAGUUAAACUGAAGAAAUAAGUUUACAAACAUAUAAUAUAAUCAUUCAAUUAUCUUUCAUUUGAUACCAAAUUUAACCUUAUAAACCAAGCAAUAAUAUUUUAAUUAUGUUUUAAUAAACCCAACCUUUCACUAUUUUUUGCUCGUUGAAAAAAAUGUACAUUUUUAAAUUUAAAAAAAUUCCGCAGCGAAAGAGUUACUUGGGAUGUGUUGUUUGUUUUAUUGUUUUUUUCUUCUUCUUUCAUCAAUAUGGCUUCAAUUAUUAGCAAGUGUCUUUGAGGUAUUGGUUGAUACUAACAGUUGGAUUAAGGCAUACUUCAAAGUUAAUGUUAAUGAAUGUGCUUUGUUAGCAUUGAAUUUGACCAUUUAAUUAGUCUAUGUAAAAUUAUGCAGGGGAUGUUAUCGUUGUUAUGAAAUGAAUAACAUAUUAAUGUGUAUAUUAUUGUGUAGUCUUCACAGCCGUGCCUGCCCCUAUCACCUGUCUCAACUCCCAUCCCUUCUCCAAAACUCUACCUUCCAUCUCCCCCUACAACCAGACCUCACCUCUCCACCCGUGUCUCCCAUCCCCACACCAGCUCCACAAUCCCUAGAACGAUGUUUUCUGCUUCACAUAUGUUUUUAUACCCCACAAAUUGAUCAAUAUCUUUUGUUAGCCCUCUAAACGUUCAGCCAAAUUCCACCUCCCUUCUCUCAUCCUCAAAUAUUUCCAAACCCCAAUUUUCAUACCUUAUUUCUCUACCAGCUUCUCCUUCACUUCCCCCUGCCCUAUUGUUUGCCAAACUUUUUUUCCCCAAACAUCAGCUGAGUUUCUAAAAAUUAUUGUCCCUUUCAAUUUUGCUGCCUGUUUAAGCGUUAAGGUUCAAUUUGUAAAAUAAAACGUACAAUAAGUGAAAUAUAUUUUGUAUAGCAGUAUGUGAAAAACAAGGGAACUGGCUAACUUUUUAAAAAGUUUACUGUCUAACAUUGCCCCAUCAAAUUUUUUUAAACAUAAGUAAAUUUCUUAUCUAAGAGACUAAAUGCCCCUACAUAAUCUAAUUGUCCCUUGUGUAUGCCCCAUGUUGGGAAGCACUGCUUUACCCUAACCAUGCGUUAGAGCUAUUUACAUAAUGUACAUAAGUUAUUAAUGUUCUAUUUAAUCAAUGUUGAGCAUGGUAAAAUAGAAAAGAAACAAAUGAAUAAGAUAAGAUUCUUUAUUGAAACAAAAUAAUAGAAAUAGUUCUUUUUUAAAUUGUACAUAUUUAUUUUCAGCACAUAAAUAAAUACAUAUUUUAACCAAGACAACAUUUCAGAAUUAUAAUAAUUUAAACGCCGGACAGCUAAAAUAGAAAUCAGCCAUUAAUGAACUCCUUAAGUGACAAUAAUUACUUACUUAGUCAUCAUUUAGAUUUGGUAACUGGUGGGUGAGCACACUGAUAAAUUUAUACAGACUGGGGAACAAAAGACUUUACAAAGUUCUAGUGUCCCAAAAGUUGCUGUUAACCAAGAAAUCUUGGUUCGUUGCAGUGAAAUUCAUUAGUGAAUAUUUUAGAGUAGUCUGGAAUAAAUAUUUUUACAUUACUUACCCAAAAUGUUAGCAAGACAAGCUUGUUCACUACCACUAAAUCACAUAAGACUUUAUAUCAAACAAUAAAUAUACAUUAAAGCUGCUCUUUGCUAGUUCAAGAGGUCAAGACUACAGUUGUGUCAAAUGUUAGUUUAAAUGUAUUCGCAAUGCAUACAGUGCCAUGGUGUUUUUUGUUAGUGAAUUGACCUUGUUGAAAAAUUAAUUUUUUUUUCUAAUUACUUCCAUUACUUCCAUUUUAGACUGCAUGUUUGGUUUUCUGAUGAUUUAUUUUCCAGUCUCAGAAAUCAUAUCUAGGAUAGAAAAUAUAAGAUAAGAUAAGAUUAUUUUAUUGAUCCAAAUAAAUGGAAAUGUUUUUUGACUGCAUUAUACAUUUUCAGCACAUAAAUAAAACAAUUUGAACGCAAGACAUUUAUAAUAAAUUAUUUCCAACAACCGUUCAGUGAGUUCUCUUAGCUAAAUUGGAGACUUAUUAGUUCUCAUGAAGAUGUGUGACUGCAGAGGGUGCACGCCGUUAAAUUCAUACAGAUUUUGGAACAAAAGAAUUAUUAUAUCUUUCAGUCCUCGCCCUGAUGGAAAGAAUUCGUCCCAAAUGGUCUGAUCCUAAGUAUUUGUGGUGAAGAAGGGCCUAUCAUCCAAAAUGUAUUUAGUUUUACAAAAACAUCUUUCUUCAAAUAGUUUUUCAAGUGAAGAAUGUUUAGUUUGUUUUAUGUUCCUAGCUUUCUUGAUUAGUUGGUUUAUGCAGUGUUUAAUAUCAGAUGUUGAAUUCCCACGCCAGCAGGUAAUACUGAAAUUAACUAGGCCUUUUUGGAAUGCAAAUUAUAAGUGGCUUUAUAGUGUUGAUGCCUGCGGGUCGUGUGUCUCCCCCCCCCCCCCCCCCCAUGGAAAGGAAACUUCUGUUUUGGAUUUAAAAAUUAAUAGAUCUAAAAUUUAUGAUGCUGUUGGGAAUUUUUGAGACUGGCUAACCCCAUUGGCCUCUCAUUUCAUUUGAGGGGAGGUUAUCCGUAUUCACCGUUAUGAAGGUGGGAGACAGACCCAGUGUUAGCCUUCUGUGUAAGCACUAGGCAAAAGAGUCACCACUUUGUUAACCUUAUUAUUUUCUCACCUGAUGGUAAAAUAAAAACAAUCACAGGGUCUAGAAUUCUGACUCUACUUAAUUUGACAAAUAUAUCAAAAUGGCUUUUACUACUUAUCUAUUCCUAGACUAUAAGAACCCCUGCAAAUGACCAAAUGAACAGUGUUGGCUACUCACUCCUAAAUGUUAAUGCAGCCUUGAUGCUUUAGAAGCUAUUGAUAAUUUGUUUCAAUAGAAAUUUUGUUGAUAGUGUAAAUUGUCAGAAAAUUACACAAGGCUUGGCUUUUUACAAAUAUUGAACAUGUGGUAGAAUUUUAUUCCAGUCCUUUUAAUUGUAAAAAUUAUCAUUUGGCUGAUGUAUUUUAUUUACCAUAUGUUCUUAUCCUUGUACUAUCAUCCAAACUGAGAAAUGUACAGGACUCAGGACUGUUAUAAUUGUUGAUGCCUCUCUCUUCAGUUAUUUACAUUGGUUUUCUUGGCUUAUUUCAAAAUAUCUUUUAUUGAGUCAAUCCUGCUUGAAUUAAGCCUGUUUGGCUCGACCAUCAAGGUGUUGACAUUGACAGAGUACAUCUGAAUUGGGUCCAAUAUUUGACUAGUUCCCCUGUGUGUCCUAUUGAUCCUGUGUUUACAUUUCCUUUUCAACACUGUCCUGUGAGACUAUCACCCAGCAAAAAAAAUCAUUAAACAGCUUUGGUCCAUCCAAUGGAUGGGAUUCACUGUCACUGUGUGACCUGUUGCUAGGAAACGCGUGUGUUAUUGUUAAAGUUGAUUGCCACAGUCCUGAGAAAAUGGUUUCUGGUGUGGUGUUCAAGUGCUGAGGGAAUAGGCAACUUCUCUUAUUGUGUUUAUACAAUAGUUGCAAGAGAAUAUUUUUUUUUAAAGAUUGUAUGUUUCUUUGUUUUUACAAUUUUAAAUAGGCAUAUUUAAUUUAUGAACUAGUUUGUAGAAUAGAAGUUUGAUGGUGGAGAGUACACUCAGUAUAACUUGCAUUUAUAAAAAUUGUUAAAAAGUAAUCAGUGCAUUUUUAAUUUAAAAAUUAAGUUUGUUUUUUCUAACAACUUUUGCAGUUUGUAAAUAUUUGUUAAAAUAUAGGCUUUGUAAUUUUCAUAUUUUGUGGAAAGAUAAUGGACAUUAUUUUAUUUUAGCUAAUAGUCUGCUUUCUUCCACUCAGAAUUUGCUAUGGAGACUGUAGCCUUGGAAAACGACAACAAAAAUAUAAAAAAUGUGGAGAUUUAUCCAUCCUAUGAAGAUGACUUUGAGAAAGACUCAGACACCUUUACCAAAGACUCAUCAUCACAUAAAGUAGGUUUAGCAUUUCCUCAUUACUUAUAAUUAUAACUAAAAGUUUAGUAUAAAAUGUAAUGAAAAGCAAUAUUAAAAAUAAAAAAGACACUGGCUUGUUUUGAAUUGCGGCAAUGGUUCCCUAUAGGAAAAUAUUUUUUGUUUUAGUUGCAUAAUUCAAGAAUUUUUCAGAUCACUAGUGUUGAAAAAUUAUGUGCAUUAAAACAAGGAAUAGUGUUUGGUUAUUAUUUUAUUUACAUAUAGGCCUAUAAAGUGUCUGUGGUAAUGAUUUUAUUUUCUUUUAAAGAGAAAAUGUUUUUUGUUUCCCCCCCCCCCCCCCCUUUAACAAGAUAUAGGUCACAUUUGCUUAUACAUGUAUCAUGUACUUUGAUACGUCUCUUUUGGUAUUUAGGGAAAGUGAAAUGAUGUGUCAUAUUUUCUUCUCAUGUAACGCAUGUAUAAAUGAAAUGGAAAUCCUUUUCAUAAAAUUUUUUCUCCUAUUCUUAAUUGACAUAGGUGAGCUCAGACGAUGACCAGGAUAUUAUUGCUCCUCCCCAUAUAAAGGCAAGUCCUCCUCCUCCGCUUUUGAUAGAAAAAGAGGAGAAGGAGGUAGAGAAGGGACAACUGGAGGUCAAUCAUGGGAAACCAGAGGCUCGGGGCAAGGAGAGGUCACUGGACGAACCAUCUGACAGUGAGCCAGAAAAUGAUGCAUAUAAUUUUACAGAGGACCAGCAGCGAGCAAUGAUGGAAUUGAUGGUACAAAAACAGGAAGAUGGCGAUUUAAUUGGUAGGUGAAGGAUAAAUAGGGGAAGGGGCAGCCGGUGUGUUGAGUCAUAACUGUGAGGUGACAUGAACUUUCUGGGUGGAAAAGUGUUCUUACUGUUAGAUUAAAAAAUGGAUGAUUAAAUUGAAGAAAAAUUGUGUCCAAGUAAAUUGAUGAUGUCAUAUGUCAUUUGUCCCUUUAUUUUUUUUGUAAUGUUCAAUUUCAUAUCUUUAAAUAUUUUUUAGAAAUCUGAGACUUAAUCCUAGGCAGAAAUUCCCCAAAUUAACAAUAGUUUUAGAUUCUAUAACUACUGUCCAGAUUUUAAAUGGUAUCAGAAACAGAAGAUUAAUGUUGCGAAAAGUCUGGUUCCAUUUCAUUGCAUUUAAACCACAGAAAUAAUCUUAAGACGGUCUUGAUUAAGUGUUUUAGAGUUUUUAAUAACAAAAAGUAAGUUUAGAAAUAUAACUCAAUCAUAACAUCUGUUUCUAACACAAAUUAGAUGAAGAGCCUCCCGAGUACAAUGUCAAAGGUCGACUGGAGCAGCUAAAUGCUGAACUGGCCAAAGAACCCACCCCGUUGGAGAAAGAGAGGGAGACAAGGGUGGGGUUCAAACCUGAAAUUGUUGACCUUGUGGCUCCCCCACCACCUGACUUCAGUGACGAUGACUCCCGACCCAACAGUGCCAGGGGUCAGGAGGCCACUCCUAGUACAACGCAAAAUGGCAACCACCAAAACAAAGAUAGUGACGAACAUGUUAAAGACAAUAGCAAACAGCAAUAUGUUGUUGAAAGGGACGGAAAUUUCUAUGUGCUUAGUGCCGAUGAGUUGACACCAUCAGAACGGGCAAUGCUCUUAAACGAUGAUUCAAAAGUGAAGAAGGUCAGGUAUCCAAGUGACAAUAAAAAAAAAAGUGAAAAUCCACAAUUAGUUAGUAAGAGCAAUAAUGUUGAAUCAGAACAGAUUGUUCCACAACCUCCCCCACGUCCUAGGCCGAAAACAGCGGCAAAUGGACCACGACGGAAUGUGAUGAAGCCAUCAGCUCGCCCGAAGUCAGCAAAUAAUCCUAACGAUGAAACAUCCAAUAAUGUUGAUAACUUCAACUACAAAUCUCCCUAUGCCAUGACUCCUGCGCAGAAGGAAGAGGCCAAGAGAGAAGCUCAAAAGCAGGAAGAGAAGAAGUUGAAGAAAGAGAGAAAAAAACAAGAGGAGGAGGAAGAACGAAGGAAAGAGAGCAUGGACGCCUUCCAGGCCUGGCUGGAUAAGAAAAAAGAAGAGAAAAAGAAGAAAGGAAAUGAAGAAAAUAGUUUACAGUCGGAACAAGAGCGGGUAAGUUGUCAUUUCAAUUGCCCCCGUGAGAAAUGAUGAAUUACCCCAAAUGAUUUAUUCAUUAAAAACAAGUAUUAUCCAUUUAAUAAAUAUUUAACUUCUGUCUUCAUAAAAAAGGCAUCAAUAAAACUACUUACUAAAAUAUGAAUUGAUUAUGUUUCUGGACGAAUCUUUAACAAAGAUAUCUGCUAUUUCCCUAAACAUUAGCGCCCCCCACCCCCUUACAGAUAAUCGUCUGAGGUCUUUUUUUUUUUUCUUUCUUUUUUUUUAAAUGCUUGUUAUGGCCUUGGACAAACAUAUUUUUUAGAAAUUAAUUCAUAUUAAAAAUUAUAAAAGAACAAUAGUGAGUGCAUUUGUUAACACUCUCUGUUGAAUGCCUUUCUUAUUAGCAACAAAGAAUAAUUUACUUUGAAUUAUAAUCCUUUCGAAAAAAAAUGGUGUGUGCUAGAAACAAUCUGGGUUGAUCUUCAGUGGCAUUAUCUAACUUGUUGUCUUGGUGCAGUGAAUUGUACUUGACUAACAUAAAUGUAUAGACGUUUUGUUCUUCCAUAAAAAAUUGAAUAGACAAAGAACAGGGAAUCUGUCUCCAGCCAAAAUGAAAGUUUUGAUUCAUUUGAAGUGAUCUACCCUUAUUUGCUGCGCCAGGCUCCGGUACUGUAAUCGGUGGAAAUUAUACUGAAUAUUUUGCAUAUAUAGCCUACCUGCUUUAGUAAUUUUAUUUUAUUACCCUUUUUCUAAUCUUUUGGUCAAUCCCACUAGAAGGACUGCGGGAAUUAUAGAUGUUAGCACUUCCUGUGCACAUUCCUAACGGAUUUCGUUACAUGUUGUCUUUCUAAUAGACUGGAGUAAUUGCUCAAUAGAUUAGCUGGAAGGGUGUUGUUAAAAAUAACACUUUUUAAUACAUAUAAUUAUACUGUGUUUUAGUCUUAAAAAGACAUAAAUUGUUCAAGAGGCCAUUUAUAAUAUACUGAGCUAAUCCUUUGACCAGUUUUUUGGCUCAAUGUAACUUGUAAAACAAACAUCGCAAUCAACUACUGCCAUCUCUCUUGAUCACUAUCUGUAAAUUGAUAAAACUUGUUUUAAAAUUGUCUACAUUUUUCAAAAUUAAACAUUUACUUAUUUAAGGUUCAACCCCAUUGUUUGUAUUCCAGAGCAAUAAUCCCUGUAUUACAGAGCAAUUAUCCCUCUUACAUCAUAAGAUGCUUUUUUUACCCUGCUAUUUUCCAUCCACAGUAAAAUAAAAAAAAGUAAUCUAUUUAUUUUAUUUAUAAUUUUUCCAAAAAAAGUUUCUUAUAACUUAAAGUCUGAGCACUGCAGGGAGCAUUUGAACCCCAACUGUAACCACACUCCCACCACCGCCUUCCCUUUCUCUACACAGUUGAUGAGUCCAUAUGGAGCUGUCAUUGUUUUUUUUCUUUUCUUUUUUACUUUCCUUACUUCUCCCUGCAAGGUCCAGAUAACCAGAGUUUUAAAAAUACUUUGGAACAUCAGAGAUAAUAUUAGAAAUUUAGAAAUAAUAUUUCUGAUAGCUGGAACUUUAAAACUUUAACUGCUGCUUAUUGAUUGGAGACUUUUCUCCACAUAUAAAUUUUGUGUUGAAAUAUUCAAAUAGAAGAUUGAAGAUCUUCAAAUUAAAUAAACAAUGAAAGAAAAAUUAUGAUUGAUAACUCAGACAUCUUACUUCUGCAACUUUUUCUAUGUUGAAGCUUUAUUUACAUUGAAAUGAAGUUAAAAUUAAGUAGCAAGUAAUUUCUAACACCAUAUUUAAAUUACACAUGUUGUUUUUUGCACUCUUAUAAAUCCAGAUAUUCCCCGCACCGCUUGUUAAAUAUUUAUGUUAUGAUAAUCAGGGCUUUUUAAUCAACUUAAAAAGAGAUUGCAUUAACACGCAUCCUUUUGUAAUAGAAAAAAAAUAGACACCCCAAGAAAUGUACUUAAGAAAGUUACAUUUAAAGACAGAAAAUUACUGUUUAAUUAAGCCCAUUUCAUGUUAGAAAUUCAAACCCAUGUUUAGUAGCGUAUAUAUUAUCAAUUUCUGUUGUGUUUUUAUUUGUUCUGAAGUAAUAAAUGCACAGUCCUCUUAAAUACAUUCUUUUCCAUUGUUUGAUAAAGACUAGAAAAAAAAUUACAAAUAUUACCUACAUUUGUGGCUCACCAUUGGGAACCUGAGGCUCUAAUAGAGGCUAGAGGAUAUUAGAUGUUAUAUUUAGAACACAUUGAACAAUUGCACCACAUACGACAGCAUUGGGUUGCUUCAUUAAUUGUCUGCACACAAAAAAAAGGUAUCUGUGAAGGUUGGAUGUAGAAAACUAGGGAAGGUAACCGCACAUUCAACUAAUCAGAUUAGUAUUACAGUUAUAUUCUACAACAUCUUUGCAUUUAUUAAGAUAUUUAAAAAGAAUUAACAAAUAUAUUUUGCAUGGCUUGCAUGUAUUUUAUUUUUCAGCUUUUUAGUUGCAAUGUGGGCGAAACUUUUCAAUGAAAUGAUUUGAAACAAUCGAUGCCUGUAAUUCCUUAACACUGCACCUACUUUGUAGAAACUCAACAGAAACUCAAUAUUAAAUGCUACUUGUUAUAUCUUAUUGUUACAAUAUGACAUCAAUUUCUUUUGUUGCUUGAAGAGAUUUGUUGUGCAUAGUAAUCCAAAAACAUUUUUAGAAAGGCUCUUUGGGCUAUGUUGAUACUUUUAUGAAGGAUAAUUUUUUAAUGAAAUUACAUCAGUUAUGAAAUUAGUCUCAUCAUAUGACAGUGAUUUAUUUAUCCAUAAUAUAUUUUAUGAAUCAUUUUUGUUUAGUAGAUUUUAUUUUAAUUUAAAUUUGAAAAAGAAAAUGUUAUUUUCGUCACAAAUAUUACAAUAGUAGUAUGACGUAAUUAUACACAAAAUAAAAUACUUUUGAAAAUAGAUGAGUGUUUUGUAAACAUUGAAUAUUUGUUUUUCAGCAAGAAGAAAAUGAAAAAGCGUAUAAAACCUGGCUGAAAGAAAAACGAACUCAGGGAAAAAGAGAAAAAUUGUUAAAGAAAAGACAGCAACAAGAUCAGAUGGAAGGUUACUUUAUCCGCUCCAAGGAAGAAUGUGAGAGAGCAUUCAACGAGUAAGACUUUUGACCUGUUCAUGUUUAUAAGUUUCAUUUUAAAUUGAUAAAUUUGAAGAAAAAAAAUGGUUCAAAUUAAAAAAACAUUUCAUAUAUGCUAUUAAUUUAUUGGUUUUAAUGUUUGGAUAAUUUUGGAUACUUGUAUGAGCUAAAGUUUGGUAAUAAAUUAGUGUUAAAAGACUUGUCGACAUUUACAUCAUUAUUGUCAUGUACUUGAUGAGAUUGUUACCUAGGAGCAAUAAUAUGAAUAAUAUUAUGAAUUAUUAUUUCAUAUCAUGUUUGGUUAAACAAUGCCUAUUUCCAUGAGUGUUUUGCCUAUCCUAAUGAGUAUGUUAGCUUUACAAAUUUCAAUAUGGGUUUAUCAAAAAACAAUUAAAACUUGCAUUUCCACAGAUGGCUGAAAAAGAAAAAGGUUGAAAGUAAAAUGCAACAUGCCAUGGAAAAGCAGAAAAUCCGGGCUUAUAAGAUUCAUAUGAGAAGGUCCAAGAAAACACAAGCUCUGCUUAAAGCUUUGAAAGAAGCUGAGGGAAGCCAGUACUUAGAUUACUAUGGUUACAGAUACUAGAGCAAGUUCAUUGGUCCUAUGGAUCUAAUGUGCUGAGUGAUUUAAAGGUUUGCAAGAAGCUGAGGGAAGCCAGUACUUAGAUUACUAUGGUUACAGAUACUAGAACUAAUUCAUUGGUCAUAAUGGAUCUAAGUCUAAGAUGCUGAGUGAUUACAGAUGACAAUAGUAUAUUUUGUACCAUAAUGCAGGCUGACUUAAUAAUAGUUAACUAUUUGAUCCAAAGUUCAUUAUUUGAUCCAAAGUUCACUAUUUGAUUUAAAGCUUUUCAUAGAGUUUAUUUAUCGUAAAAGAAAGAUUAACCUUAUUACCACAGAUAGGAUUGCAUCCCACAUGCCAAGAGCUAUUCAGACAUACUUACUGGAUCACUCAAUAUUGUAUGCAGCAAUAAAAAUCGUAUGAGCUCAAAAUUUCACCACAAAAAUGUGAGAAAGUCUUGUGUCAAUGUGGUAAUUAAAUAUUCAUAAUUUAAAUAAAAAAUUUGUUUUUAAAAAUCUAAUGCAGGGGGCUGCAACCUACUGCCCACUUGCCAGACUUGGCAUGCAAAAUGAUUUUCAUUGGCAUGUGGAAGACCAAAAAAAUAUGAAUAAAUGACUAAAAAAUAUACAUUAAAUAGUAAACGCCUAAGUUAUCGCCAUACUGAAUGAAUUACAAAUCUUACCUUUGCACGCUAAUACCAAAAGGUUGUAGACCCCUGAUGUAAUCUAUUUAAAAUCUAAGGAGAGCUCUUAUUUUUUAAGACAUGGCACCUUUUAUUGUGGUAGCUUGGUGGUAUUUUUAAAAUUCUAUGAAAUCAAACUUCUGUGAUAACAAAAUGACACUGCCAAGAUAACCAUUUCUGAUUUUUUUAAAUAGAAAUAUUGUUAACAUCAUUUCUGAUAUAAUCAGGUUUAUUUAUUUGUAUACAUAUAAGGCUUCUGUAAUGAUACUUAAAUACAGCUCUACAUAAUUAGAAAUGGGGCAGCCUUUGGGACAUAAGAGAAAGAAUUAGUAAGGGCCGCAAGACCUUGGAAUGGGGAGAAAUUCUAAUAUUUAUUUUUUCAAAAGGGUGAAGGUUUAAAGCACUUAUUAAAUUUUGAAAUAAUUAUCUAUCUUAAAAUUGAUAUACAUGUAUUCAAUUAAAUUUUCUUUUCUUAGCAGAACAAAUGGUAGACUUAAUUAAAAGGAUGGGAAAGCUAUAUUGUCAAAUAAUAAAUUUACCAAAUGAUUGACUGAAUCAUUUCUUUUUUUUUUUAAAUUUUGAAAUUUCUCAGCUUAAAUCAAAUUUUAGAGAGCCCUGUUAGACAUCUAUUUAUUAAUUUUACUACAAAUCUAUUCAAUAGUUUUAAUACAAAGUAAUAAUGAGGUCCCUACAAUUUCAUCAAAGGAAUUUUUAAACUAUUCAAUGGUGUCAUGUAGCAUUUAUUAUAGCGCCACCUUUCUUAUUAUAUCUCUAUUUGAAAAAAAUUAUUAUAUUGACACAUAUGUGUAUGUUACACAGACAAGUUAUGUUUAUGACUGUUUUUUGAAAUUUUAUAUACAUUUACCAUGUAUGCUAUAUUGAUGCCAUGUAAAGGAAAUGACAAAACAAAAUCAAAAGAUAUUUGUAUUUGUUGUACACUUGCUUUAAUCAUGUUUUUACUAUGUAACAAUAAACAUAUGUGACAAUAAUUAUAGGCCUACUUGGUCUAUUUCUCUCUGGUCUUUGUUAUUAUUUUUUGUUUAUUUUGUGAGUGUUAACUGGCAAAGAGUUAACACAUUUUUUUUCAGAAGGGGAGACAAAAAUAAAAGCAUCAGAACUCAUGGACCGAUUCCAAGAUGGACAAAAGGGAAAAAUGAAAUUUAAUCCCAAAAUCUUGUUUCUAAAUGAUCUCUAAAAGUGAAAACUAAGAUUUCAUGUCUUCCCAGUUAUAUCCCAAUGCAUGGAAAAUAACAUUGCCUUCGCUACUUACUUUUAUUUGGAAGAUUACGAUACUUAUUGCCACGGAGUCUAUCAAAGUGCCAACUAAGUUGAGUAAUUUUGUAAUAAUAAAAUUGAAUAAUAAAUAUAAUGAUAUUCAUGACCUUGUUUGUGUUUGGGGGUACCACAGUGUUUUUCCUCAUUAUUUUAUUCUUGCCAAAAAUAACCACUCUACUCAUAUCUAAUCAUGCCCAUGACAAUUUUAUCAUAGUUGCAUGUUAAUUAAGUUAAACUUAAAUAAGAUUUGUCAGAUUCAUUAUAUGGUUUAGAAUAAAAAAUCAAUUUGAUUAGUGCCAACAAAUAUACAUUUAUCUAUUAUGUUAUUUGUAUUUAUUUUUUGACCAAGUACCUCAAGUCACAAUUAUAUUUUUUAGAGGAAACAUGUUUUUUUCUUGACAGUGCAGCUGAGGAAAAACAUAAAAUUAAUUAAUAUGAUAUUCCUUCAUUGAUGAAAGAAAAUUCUUUAAUUAAUUAAAUAUGAUACUCCUUGAUUGAUGAAAGUAAAUUCUUAAUUAAUUAAUAUGAUAUUCCUUCAUUGAUGAAAGUAAUUUUUUUAUUUCUACAUAGACUCUCAAACAAGAAAUUGUUAAAAUUAUUAAAGGCCUUUCAAUGUGUUAUUUAAUCAUUAUAUUUUUUUUGUGACUUGUAAUAACAUGUACAAAUUUAUUACUGUGUCUUAGAAAAUUAAACUAUUCAAAAGUUGCACUGUGAAAUUUCAGUCCUGAAACAGAACAGUCAGUUAUCUUUUACGAUAUGUACUCAAAAGUUUUUAAAGAAAAUUCUCUUUACAUUCUGUCAACAUUUCUAGACCUUUUCUGAAAUGUACACCAUUCCAGGGUUUUAUCAUUGCAGAAUUAAAAAUAACCAAUCAUUUGAAACAACAAUUAAAUAUUUUCAUCCUAUCAUUUCAUUCACCUGUGUCAUCACUGGCAAGUUGAGUAGCUUUGUAGUGAAUUAUUGUUGUGAAAAUAUUUCAAUAUUGACAAUCAUUUAAUUUUCACUAUGCAUAACUACUGUAUUUUAAUUUUAUACAUCAUGAAUGCAACAAUCCAUCAAAGAUUCUUACUUAAUUUGCUAGUUGCAUUUUUAAAACAAAGUUUGGACAUUUUGUUUGCUGUUUGCAGUUAACUCAUAAUUUGAGAGCCUUGAUUUGGAAGUGAUCUUCACAAAUUUGUGAGCCUUGAUUUUGAAGUGAUCUUCACAAAUUUGAAAGCCUUGAUUUGGAAGUGAUCUUCACAAAUUUGAAAGCCUUGAUUUGGAAGUGAUCUUCACAAAUUUGAAAGCC